AUGGUCUACAACUACCACUACAAAAAUGCUGGAUACAAUCUGAUUGCUGGUUACUUCUUUCUUUUCUUGAUCCCUUAUGUAGCUUCACUCCGUUUCGAUUUGCCAAAUAUCGGUCCAGCGAAUCAGAAUCGGGAGAUAAUAACAGAAGGUGAUGGAGCUUAUAUCUCCAGCAGUGGAAUCCAGGUGACCCCAGAUGAAAUUGGAGAUCGGAGAAGGAAAGCAAGACGGGCGAGAUACUUUGAACCGCUUCAUCUUUGGAACAACGCAACUGGUGAGCUAGCAAGUUUUGCUACCAAUUUCUCCUUUGUCAUUGAUUCAAGGUCAAAUGGGGAUUACGGUGAUGGCCUCACAUUCUUCCUUGCUGAGAAUAAUUCUAUGAUCGCACGCGGUGCAACUAUGGGGCUUCCGAUCGAUCAAGACACCAUUGUGGCAACAAAUCGAUUUGUUGCAGUGGAGUUUGAUACUUAUGAGAACAAUUGGGAUCCAAGAGAUUCUAACAAUAUUUACAUAGGUAAUCAUGUAGGUAUCACCAUAAGCAAUCUCACUGGUAACUCUCUCACCUCUGUUAGAUCUCAAGGAUGGUUCAGCAAUAUAACUGGUGGGGCAACUUGUCAAGCUUGGAUCACAUAUGAUUCUAUUUCUAAAAACCUUAGUGUUUCCUUCACUGGUUUUCGAAAUAAUACAACUGUACAUCAAGAUGGACUUUAUUACACCAUUGAUCUAAGAGAUGUGUUAACGGAAAGGGUCAUUUUUGGGUUUUCAGCAGCAACUGGAGCUUCAUUCCAGAAAAACAAUGUUAAAUCUUGGAGUUUCAGUAGUUCGGAUAUACAAAAUGAUGAAAUCGGCAGCCUGCCACCAAACCCCGGCCCAGAUCCAGUGGGUGACAAAAAUAGCAACGUGGUUGACAAAAAUAGCAACGUGGUAUUAAUAGUUGGAUUAUCUGUUGCAAUCACUUUUCUGGCGGUGGCUGCCUUUGUUUUGUGGAGGAAGAAGAGAAAAAACAAGGAAGAUGAAGUUGAAGAACUCGAAUUUGAUGUUGAGAUGAACAAAGAAUUCGAGAUGGGUACAGGGCCUACAAGAUUCUUUUACCACGAAUUAGCUCAGUCGACCAGUAACUUUGCAGAAAAUGAGAAACUUGGGGAGGGAGGUUUCGGUGGGGUUUAUAGAGGUUUCUUAAAAGAUUCGAGAACAUAUGUAGCAGUCAAACGGGUGUCCAAGACUUCCAAACAAGGAAUCAAGGAGUAUGCAUCAGAAGUCAGGAUCAUUAGCAGAUUGAGGCAUAGAAAUCUGGUUCAACUCAUUGGCUGGUGCCACGAGAAAAGAGAACUACUGCUUGUUUACGAGUUAAUGGAAAAUGGAAGCUUAGAUUCACAUCUCUUCAAGGCAAAGAGCUUGUUGACAUGGGGCACAAGAUAUAAAAUUGCACAUGGCCUUGCUUCUGCUUUGCUAUACCUACAUGAAGAAUGGGAGCAAUGUGUUUUGCAUAGAGAUAUCAAAUCGAGUAAUGUGAUGUUGGACUCAAAUUUCAAUCCAAAGCUUGGCGAUUUUGGGUUAGCAAAGUUGGUUGAUCAUGAGAAAGACUCACAAACAACAAUGUUGGCUGGAACCUUGGGUUACAUGGCUCCUGAAUGUUUAGUGACCGGCAAGGCAAGCAAGGAAUCAGAUGUGUUUAGCUUCGGAGUAGUUGCAUUGGAAAUAGCUUGCGGAAGAAAACCCAUCGAGUACAAGGUUCAAGAAAGACAAAUAAGAUUAGUAGAAUGGGUUUGGGAGCUGUACGGGACUGGGACUCUUUUAGAAGCAGCAGAUCCACGACUUGGGUUGGAUUUUGAGGAAGAUGAAAUCAAACGUCUGAUGAUCGUUGGGUUAUGGUGUGUGCACCCUGACUCAGACUUUCGCCCAUCGAUGAGACAAGCUAUUCAAGUACUUAACUCCGAAGCUUCCCUACCCAUUCUCCCCUUAAAGAUGCCAGUGGCGUCUUACUUGCCCCUUCCAAUUUCUUCAUUAUAUAGCGUCGAUUCGUCAAGUAGCAUCUACAACACAGAUUCUUCAAAGCAAACUACAACUUCAUCAACUACUUCUCCAUCUGUGUCACUGUUGCAUUCAAUGCAAUGACAUGCAUUAAAUUUCAGUUUAUCAACAACCUUCUCCGCUCAGAAAGUAGAGCUUUUGGUUUGAGUUAUAAUAUUUUGACGAUUGUUAUUCAGCAU